CCGUGGGUGUAUAUUUCCACAUUCUUCUUCUUGAGGAGCUCUUGCAGCUUGUCAAAAUCAUUGACAGAGAAGCAGGUCACCUUAGUUCCAAAUCGGGUUAGUUUGUAAAUCGGGUCGAAACCAAAUUUACAACUUUCCACUAUCGCCACGAGCUUGUAAAAAUCCGUGGUGUUCUUCACCACCAAAGGUGACUGCUUUUGUUUACUUGCCAACUGGCUGGGUGCUGGAACCGCCGGGACGUCCCCUCCUCCUGCUGGGCUGGCAAUGUUGUUGUUUUCCGCUAGCGGGCUGAAUUUGUUGUUGUUGAGCAGAUUCUGCUGCACUUUGCUAUCGUCCUCUUUCUUCCUUUUGCGCUCGUUCGCCUCCAUUCCUCGGAAUGUUGGGGCGGAAAGUCCACCGAAAGAACCGCGACGGCCACUAUCGGCACUUUUGGCCCGCAAAACACGACACCUUCAAACGUAAACAAGGCCGUGAACGCGCGGUUGCCACACGUCCGUCACACAAGAGCACAGCAGGAGAACUCAGCUAAACGACGUUGUCAACAAGAUGGACUCGACCGAGCCCCCGUACAACGAGGUCCGUUUCUAGGACAUCAAGAAGAAAGUCUCGUCCUACAUCAAGAAGAUCGGCUACAACCUGGCCGCCGUCACUAUCGUGCCCAUCUCUGGAUGGCACGGAGACAACAUGCUGGAACCGCCCACAAGGAUGUGCUAGUUCAAGGGAUGGACCAUCGAGCGCAAGAGGGCAAGACUGACGGCAAGCGCAUGUUUAAGACUAUGGAUGGCAUCGGUCGGCGUCAGCAGUUUCACCGACAAGUCCCAGCAUCUGCCCCUAAAGGACGUCAACAAAAUCGGUGGUACGGGAACGGAAACCGAUGUGAACAAGCCCGGUAUAGCCAUCGUCUACGCCCCGGUCAACCUGACCACUGAUUGCAAGUCCGUCGAAAUGUACCAAAAAGCCCUGCCGGAGGCCGUGCCCGGAGACAACGUCAAGAACUUGUCCGUCAAGGAACUGCGUCGUGGAUACGUCGUCGAUGACUUAAAAAAAAUCGCCACCCAGGUAAUCGUGCAGAACCUCCCCGGACAGAUCCCCAACGGAUACACCCCAGUGCUUACGAAUUCAGCGAGAUCCAAAAGAAGAUCUUUCGUCGUUCCGGCAGGUCGAGAUGAGCUGUGGCCCGAAUCGCUCGAUAGAUCUUGGCACCGCGUGAUGACUGGCGGAUCAAGACAUGCUCUUGCAGCAGGAGGUUUGAGCUUCUCCAAAAGCUAGCGAAGUGCAAGCACACCGAAAACGUAGUCACUAAGAUCGAAACGAAAAUCUCUAAGAAGAUUUGCUGUAUCAUCCGGUUCUACCCAGUCACGAAAUAUUCUAGCAGAGCUGGUUCUGUCAGAAUCUUGCUAGAACGGUGGAACAUUUCUGCUAGAAUUCUGUUAGAAUAUCCAGCUCUGUUAGAAUUCUGCUAGAAUCCUGCUGGAACGCCGUGACUGGGUAGGGGUCUAGGGGAAGAUAACCGUCGAGUUGUGGGCGGCGGUGGCAUGAAACGAAACGUAAACAGAGGCUUAGUGGUGUAUCAAACAUAUUGGUGGAUAUUCUGCUUGAUGAUGAUCGUCAAACGACGCUUGAAGGCAGCCAGGGUUGGUGAUUGUUUGCAUUUUCUUCGAGUCGGGAACAGAACACUGAUGAAGUCUGCAAGUAGUAGACGAAAUACGUAUCUGUCAAGAUUUUAAAAAUAUAUAGCGGAAUUAAAAGGAACAACUCGUCUCUUUGUAUUCAUAGUAAUGCAUUCUGCUAAAACGCUCAACCAAACCACAAUGCAUUUUCUUGUUUUUACCAGAGACUAAAUGAUGUUUUACGGUGUGUUUGCAUUUACUUAUUUAUUUAGAAAAUUAUACCUAGACCCUCGACAAAGCGACGACACGAAUCUUAACGGUACCCUUCUGAACCUUGGCCUCGAUGGCCUUCUUGUUGCCCACGGUGGCGGCGACCUUCUUGGUGGCGUGCUUCUUCGCGGCAACCUACGUUGCUCCGGCAGUUUCCUUCUUCUUGUGGACAGCAGCUCCAGUGUCACCGGCGACUGCUAGUAAAGUGCUAGCUGACAAUCUCUAGGUUGCGUUUCUUCUCGCCCGGCAGCGUGAUUGGGCGCGCUUUCGCUUCACGCCGAUUCCGCGGGCCUGCUUUUCGUUAGUCAGCUUCUCCUGGAACUUUCCGACCGACGCCGUCGACGCAUUGGCGACGUUGGCAGCAGUCACCAGCUCUGUAGCUGAAGCGGCAUCCGGUCCGCUCGCGGAGUUUGAAUCGUUUUCGCGCGAGCAAUGUUCCUCAUCUUUCGUCCUUGUUGGGGUCCGAAUUCUGAGGCAUCUCUACAACCCAAUCCUUCUCCUAUUCGGCCUUGAACCGCUUGUAGCCGUAAGUUGGAACCGAUUUGUCCAGCACCUUGUCGUACCUUCUUGUCGCGAACUUGAUUCUUGAUACCGUAAACUGGGGUGACUUUACACAGAAAAAAAUAUG